CGCGCAGGCAGCGCCAAGCGGAACCGCGGAGCGCCGGAACCCCCGGCCGGGGUCCCGCGUGAGGCGGAGAGGUCCGUCGCGGAGCGGCCCCCUGCGCUGCGUGGCGUAACGGGACGCGGCGCCAUGAGGCUGCCCGCGCGUUCGCUCUGUGGAGCGGCCGGGGCUGCCUGGCGGGAGAGUUUUCCCCUGGGCGGUCGCGACGUGGCGCGCUGGUUCCCGGGCCACAUGGCCAAGGGACUGAAGAAGAUGCAAAGCAGCCUGAAGUUGGUUGACUGUAUCAUUGAGGUCCAUGAUGCCCGGAUAUCCUUUGGUAGCCGAAACCCUCUGUUUCGGGAGACGCUUGGGCUUAAGCCUCACUUGCUCGUCCUCAACAAGAUGGACCUGGCAGAUCUGAAGGAGCAGCAGAAAAUUGUACAACACUUAGAAGGAGAAGGCCUACAAAAUGUCAUUUUUACCAACUGUGUAAAGGAUGAAAACAUCAAGAAGGUCAUCCCGAUGGUCACGGAAUUGGUUGGGAGCAGCUACCGCUAUCACCGAGGAGAGAACCUGGAGGUCUGCGUCCUGGUGGUCGGGGUCCCAAAUGUGGGCAAGUCCUCUCUCAUCAACUCGCUCAGGAGACAGCACCUCAGGAAAGGAAAAGCCACCAGGGUGGGCGGCGAGCCUGGGAUCACCAGAGCUGUGAUGUCCAGAAUUCAGGUAUGUGAGCGGCCACUGACGUUCCUUCUGGACACUCCUGGGGUGCUGGCUCCUCGGAUUGAAAGCGUGGAGACGGGCCUAAAGUUGGCCCUGUGUGGAACUGUGUUGGACCACCUGGUGGGGGAGGAGAUGCUGGCAGACUACCUUCUCUACACCCUCAACAGGCACCAGCUCUUUGGGUACACGCAGUUCUAUGGCCUGGGUGGGGCCUGUGAUGACAUAGCCAGUGUGCUGAAGCGGGUGGCUGUGAAGCUGGGCAAGACGCAGAAGGUGAAGGUGCUCACGGGCACAGGUGACGUGAAUGUCAUCCAGCCCAACUAUGCCGCAGCAGCCCGAGACUUCCUCCGGACCUUCCGCAGCGGGCUGCUGGGCCCGGUGAUGCUGGACAGGGAGGUCCUGCAGAGCACGCCCCCAAGCCAGGUCGAUCGGUGAGGGUCUCACUCCUGCCCAGCCCUUGGCAACAGGGCCGCGUGGUAUCCCAGGCCUUCACUGCCAGGUGUUUGACGCUCAAGGUUCCCUUUUCCAGAAGCUGCACACUGGUCCCUGUACUCAGGUCUCUGCUCCAGGAAGGCGGCUCUGUGGCCUGGCCAGCUCCUGUUUCCGGGGGACUGCCUGGGUGUGCCUGUCAGGGCUGUCCUCUUCCCGGGUGCCCGGCAGGCGAGGAGGCUUGCUCCUGCUGUGUCUUAAGUAGAUAAUGCUUCUCAGGACGAGUUGACACUAUAACCUGUAAUUGUAAAAUUUUCAAUUAAAAGGCCUGUCUGCUGUUGGCCCGUUCGUUGUACUGGUA